AUGAAGGUUUUCUUUGCCGCCGCUCUCAUCGCUGCCGCUGUGGCCACCGCUUCGGCCGACUCGAUGGGAAACAUGCAGACAGACCUGACGCAGCCGCCGACGGCCACUUACGCUGCUGGUACUGACACUCUCGGCUCUUCAGCAGGAACUACCGGUGGUAGUGAUACUGGUAACAGCCCUAUCCAAUCUUCCGGCAACGGCUGGGGUGGCCUCUUCAGCGGUUCGACCGAGACGGGCGGAUCUACGGAGACUGGUGGUUCACCCGAAACUGGCACUGGUGGAUCCAUGGAGACCGGCGGAUCUGCAGAGACUGGUGGCUCACCCGAGACUGGCGGCUCCGCCGAGACCGGUGGAUCUAUGGAGACCGGCGGAUCUGCAGAGACUGGUGGCUCACCCGAGACUGGCGGCUCCGCCGAAACCGGCGAUACCGAGACCGGUGGAUCUAUGGAGACCGGUGGCGCGACCCAGACCAGUGGUUCUACCGAAACCGGUGGAUCGACCGAGACUGGCGGAUCUACUGAGACGGGUAGUUCCCCCGAGACUGAUAGUUCUACGGAGACCGGUGGAUCUAUGGAGACUGGUGGCUCGCCUGAGACUGGCGGCUCGAGCGAAACUGCUCCGGGUGGUUCCAAUGAAAUGAGCACGCCCACUACUUCAUCUGCGGGCUCAAAUACUUGGAGCGCGCCCUCGACGCCCUCACCUCCCUCGGCACCUUCAGCGUGCCGGCGUCGUCUUCGUGCUUAA